AUGGAAUUUGAAUGCAAGUGCGAAAUAUGCGUAAUGCACGCAGGCGUUCUUCCCGGGUGGAGGGCCCUGCUGGAAAAAGAGUUUGAAAAGGAGUACUUUAGGAGAAUUCUGGAAUAUCUGCACGGCGUGCAGUUCUUCCCGCAGCCAAAGCACGUGCUGCGGUGUCUUUCUUUUUUCGAGUGCGCAGACACAAAGGUGGUUAUACUCGGGCAGGACCCGUACCACGGGGUGGACCAGGCAGUGGGCCUGUCUUUUUCGGUUCCCGUAGGCGUGCGCGCCCCACCCAGCCUGAUGAACAUACGGAAGGAAAUACUCAGCAGCACCGGCGCAAAGUCCGCGUGCGUAGGCGGGUCGCUCACGUCCUGGGCGAAGCAAGGGGUUCUUCUUCUGAACAGCAUACUCACGGUGACGCAGAAAAAGCCCCGGUCGCACUCUAAAAUAGGGUGGACGGAGUUCACAGACGAAAUAAUCCGGAUGGUAAGCGAAAAGUCGUCGGGCACUGUUUUUAUGCUCUGGGGGAACGACGCACAGAGCAAGAAAGGGCUGAUUGAUAGCAAAAAGCAUCUUGUUUUGUGCACAACGCACCCAAGCCCCUUCAGCGCCCACAGGGGCUUUAUAGGGAGUGGGCACUUCAAACGCGCGAAUGAGUAUUUAAUAUCUCUAAAUAAAGAGGCAAUUGUUUGGUGA